CAUCUUCCUCUUCCUCUUCCUUCUUCGCACGUAACUUUAGAGGUUUGAGAGACAGUACAGGUUCUUAUUUAAAGAACCAAGUUCCUUUUGUCUUUUCUCAUUCAUUCUCUUUUAAACAGUUUUCAUUUGAUAAAAGUAAAAGAACUAUCAGCCUAGAAUUUGCAAUCAAUGGGUUCCAGUUCCAUUAAUGAUGCUGCGAUUGCUAAGGAGAAGACAGAUCAAGAAAUUGAUGCGGUUGAGAAAAAGCCUACAAUUGUCUUUGUUUUAGGAGGCCCUGGAGGAGGCAAGAGCACGCAAUGUGCAAAUAUUUCUAAAUACAUUGGUUUUACUCAUUUAAGCAGUGGAGAAGAGCUUCGCAAAGCUGGUGAUUCGGAUCCUGAUAAUGGAGAAAUGAUCAAGAGCAUGCUAAAGGAUGGACUAUCUGUUCCACCAGACAUUACCUUGAGAGUAUUGCAGGAAGCCAUGAAAAAAAGUGGGAAUGACAAGUUUUUGCUUGAUGGGUUUCCUCGUGAUGAGGAAAUCCGUGCUGCUUUUGAAGAUGCUCUUAACAUCGAACCAGAGCUCGUUGUUUUCUUUCAUUGUUCUGCUGAAGAAAGGAAGAAAAGAAUUUUGAGCAGGAACCAGGGAAGAGUAGAUGAUAAUGUGGAGUCAGUGAGUAAGAGGUUUACAUAUUUUGAUGAGUAUACUCUUCCAGUUGUUGAGUACUAUCGUUCAAGGGGCAAAGUAUACGAGAUUGAUGCUUCGAAGCCGAUGGAUGAGGUUUUUGAUACAUUGAAAACUUGUUUAACUCCCUUAUCACCAAGAAUCGAGACUGAAGUUGUAUCAGAGGCCAGCUGAGGCUGCAAGUGAAGUUGAAGAAGAUGAACUGGUGGGCGUGGUUGCAGCUGAGGCUGCAAGUGAAGUUGAAGAAGAUGAACUGGUGGGCGUGGUUGCAGCUGAGGCUGCAAGUGAAGUUGAAGAAGAUGAACUGGUGGGCGUGGUUGCAGCUGAGGCUGCAAGUGAAGUUGAAGUCGAAGUUCAGGCUGUGGGUGAAGGUGAAGGUGAAGGUGAAGGUUUGGAGAAAGACAUUUCAAAGUUGGGAUUGUAAUCAUGUAGUGAAUGUUUUUAUUACAAAAAACGAGUUAUGGUAAUGGGUGAUGUAAUUUGGAAAGUGGGUAUCUAAUUGUAGUUUGCUUUAUAAAUAUUUAAUGCAUGUUUAACUUAAAAAUGAUUUCUAUU